AUGACAAUUGAUUAUUAUUCACGUUAUCAAUCUAAAUCACGAGCAAUAACAUGUUCAUCUGUAAUUAAAGUGAUUUUAGCUUUACAAACAAAAUUAAAUACUUUUAAACCAUUUCUAUGCGGAAUUAGUAUUGAAUUCUUUCAUUAUUCCUUUUCUUCAUUUUGUUUUUUUCAGUUACGAAGAGCAUUGAUUCAUUGUUGUUCAAAUCCAUUAAAAUCUACUAUUGAACAAGAAUUAACAAAAUUAUGA